AUGUCUGUCUCAAGGUCGCAGAUUGUUGUGACUCGUGGGGCGUUGGCCGGGUUACCACUAGCACCUGACCACACGUGAUGCUGACUCAGCCAGUUCGAUGGGUUCGCUUCAGUCAACUAUUAUUUUGGUGAUAGAUUGGGAAAUGCAUCACUUUUGCACAAGGAAAGAGAAGUCGCAGGAAUCUUGAUCGCUGGACCGGGGCCUAAUUGAAGACGGUGCGAUUUCUCUUUGGCUGUCCUUCUUCCCAUAUGAGAGACUUCUGUGCUGGUUGCCGUCAUUUCUGCGCGAGAAGUGUUUGAUCUGCCUCGGAUCGCAACCACUAUAAUAUGUUGCAGCGCUGACAAUCCUAUUCUGUGGCGAGGUCGUAUAUAAAAACAUUUAAAAAAAAAAAAAAAAAAAAAACCACCUUCUAUUCCUUUUGUUUUGCAUUAUAGGAUGCCAUUGAUCAUGGAGGAUGGUAUCAAUGUUGACGAUUUGUUCGGUGAAUCCGCCUCUCUGGAGCUGGCUUUGCCGACGACUACUGCCCCUCCAACCACCAAAGGACUAGCACAGCGUCUGGAUGAGAUGAGAUUGGUGGGAUGUUGUCAAAAGAUUGCUUGGUCGAAACUUGGGUGUAUUGCAUAUAUCUCGCAGGACUCGUCAAGGGUGAAUGUGCGUCAUCUCCAGUGUCGGCCCUCAGAUGGUAAGUGGGUGCUCAGUGACGAGACACCGUUACCACAGGUGGCAGAGGCUCAUAAUGGGCAUACUAUCGUGCAUCUUUCGUGGAAUGAGCCCGGGUCGGAAAUAGCCGUUGUCGAUUCUUCUGGUCGGGUUUCCAUAUACUCCAUCCCUUUUGCCCUGAAUGGUGUGAACGGAAUUCGUCAAGCGGCAUUCGAUCCGGAUGAUGACGGAGCGCAAAUUGUUGGGAUGAUGUGGUUGAAUCAACAUCGCUCAGUGCACUCUUUCUAUCAAGCCGCUAAAGUGCAGGGUCGCUGGGCAUACUCACCAUUCAGGCGCCGGCCAAUCGGUCCAUUCCAUCCGGCUAAUAAGGCAGCCCUGCUUUGUGUGACAAGAUCUGGCAUCAUGAAACUUCUCUACCAGAAUCCCGAUGCCAGAUGGGCCGAAAUAACAGUAGAGCUGAAUAAUACAAAUCAUUCAGAUAGGCUUCUCACGCACGCGGCUCUGGUAGCCACUCAAGCUGGCAUUCUCAUUGCUACACACUCUUCAUGUCAAAAGAUUUCACUCUAUCGAGUAAAUAUUCAGUGGAAUCCGGCCCAGUGGGACCCGGCCCAACAGAAGCAAGCUCCCCAGCAAUUCCCUGUUCCAAGCUUUCGUCUCGUGCACUCCAAGGUUGAGGUUCCUUACAAUAUCCCGUCGGCGAACCGCACUGCGGGAGAAAAUCAAGAUGACCAGCUCCCAUUUACGAAUUCUCUUUACUGCCUGACGUCCUUGCAAAUCAUCCUGCCCGCAUCCGACAACUCGGCAGGGUCUGCGCCGAAUCCUUGGAUUGUCGCGGUUUUCUCUAUUCCUCCUCAUGCUGUACUUCCCCAUCAGCAGCCUCAAGUACCCUCAAGUGUUAUUGUUCGGUGGCAGCUCGACUCUGCGGCUCUUAUUCUUCACCCAAAAUUCGAUGAAGUAACCUCAAGAAAGGGCAGCCUGCAGAUGAAACCAAAAACGGUUCUGCGUCGACUAGAUGACAUUAUCUCUGACCGGCAUGUCGUUUCGAUAGACCAAAUGGAGUAUGGCAACGUACUUGCCAUAUGUUAUGAUGAUGGUUCAGUUGCUUUUUAUGACCCAAAGACUAUGACAGUGUUUAACGGCGUCGAUGAUGCAAAUACUGUGACCAGCUUAGCCCAGGCAGGGUUUCACUACCCUCUUGAAUCUUCAGGAUUGCACAUCAGCUUUUCGCCCAGCGCUUGUGUGGCCGUAAGCCUUGAUAGCGAAGGCCACACCCACCUUAGGGUUAUGGAGCACUCUUACGGAGCAGAAAGUGGUCUUUACGAUGAGAAAGUUAACACCGAUGAUAUCUUGUUGAUUUUGAUACGACAACUGUCUCCGGAUGCCCAGACUGCGUUCAUUAAUGAAGUAUAUCGCGCGCUUUCUAUCAACUGCAACUUUACCAUGGAACAGGAAAAAUUAAUGAACCACCCAUAUAUCCCGCGUGCCCUCAGCAUACAGGCUGCUCUGGGGUUUAAGAGCAAGUACAAGCCGCGGAACUUCGCGUCCGUUGCCCCUUGGGCCAUUCUUCAGCUUCGCCAAGCUGCGAUCCUGUAUCCAUUUUUCUUUCAAUACAACAAAGGGGUGCAGACGGCAGAACCACACGACCCAGAUGUGCUGCGGAUGGUGCUUGGAAACACCAAGUGGGCUCUGGACUUUGCCUCGUACAUUCUAAACGAACUCUUUGAUCUUGCCGAUGAAUUCGAAGGUCUAUCCUCGGACCAGGAAGCCUUUACUCAAAAACUGAAAUCAACCACCUCGCUCCCCCUUAUCAUUCUCCUGUCCAGCAUGUCCCGAGCAUUCCUCCGCUUCAUCUGCCGCGGCCUCCGAGGAAUCCACGCCGGAUACGCCAGCGCCCCUCUCACGGGCGACGCGCGCAUCUACUACGCAGAAAUCUGCCAAACACUCGACACUUGCCCCGUGCGCAUCGACGUCUACGAGAAAUUCCUCGCCAGCGUCGACUCCGCCGUGCGACACGCCUACCACGGCGCCGGGUUCGGCGACAACGAACGGCCCGGCCCCGAAAAGGAGCUCCUCAUUAGCAGCCGCAUCCCGCCCGUCCUCAUCACCGCGGUCUCUGCCAUCCUCCGACAAACCAUGCCGGCCCUCAAAUCCGACGUCGAUCGCAUGGCGAUCUACAUGGGCGACUACAGCUGGCUCGGGCUCGGCUCUGACCCGCGCACAGAACUCUAUAAAAGGUCUCGAGAUGUAGACAUAAUCAAGAAGAUCCCGCUUAGGGCUGUCUCGGGGCCGUCAGUGGCGGAGAUGAACCAGUCCAGUAAGCAUGGCAACAACCAGGGCUACCUGCGGAGACGGUGUGUGCGGUGCUGUGAGAUCUCGGAUGGGACGUAUCCGCCCCGCACGGUGUUGGCGUUCCGCAUGAUUUAUAAACUGGGUCAUCUACGGGCUUGUAUCUGUGGUGGGAUGUGGACUUUGGAGUCUGUUUCUGAUCAGUAA